GUCAAAAUAUUGACAUUCUUUUUGAACAUUCGAAGACAGGCUGGCAAUUCCCUUCUAUUAAAGCCGAAGUCGUUACAGGACGCGGAAACUUCACGACGGCCGAGAUCCUAAAAUUGCAGCAAUCAGACGAAGCUUCGAAUCUUCGACUUCGCCGGCGGUUCAUGUCCUUUGCUUGCAUUGCCUUGCCUCCGUUAUCUCCCACGGCAUGGUACGAUAACGCUCUCAUUCAAAACACGCCGGCUUGUAUUGAUUGCUUCCUCAGACGUCAAGUCAUUUCUUGAAAAAUCGCAGAUGAAACGCCAUAUGAUUGCUCCUCUAUUCGUUUUAUUUAUAAUAAUUGGGGAGUUUUCGACCUCAAUCGGCGAACCAUCGAGUUCACAAAUCACCGACCUGUCGUCUUUGAGUGCGUCCAGGGACGUUUUCAAAAGCCUAAGCCAACCCGCCAGCAGAACUCUUUUGUCCCUUAAGAGCACGCAUGAUACUGCACUUGUCGCUGCUUUGGACGGUACCAUAUACUUGGUGGAGAGUUUUUCUGGAAAAGUACUCUGGUCGUUUAAUUCAGGCCAAUCAAUUUACUCUUCAUAUCAAGCUCCUGUCAACCAAGAUACUGAUGAGGAAAAUGCCUCUGGACUGAGUAGCAGCCUUUUUUUUGACUGUGGAGAUGACUGGGAGUUAUACAUGUAUAAUAAACAUGGUGGUGAGAAAGCGAAACUUAAAAUGCCCAUUGAAGAUAUUAUCAGAAGUACACCGCAGAUAUUAGAGGAUGGGGGGUUAAUGCUUGGAUCUAAGCAAACUGCAGUGUUCAUAGUUGAUGCUAAAACUGGAAGACUAAUCAAAACCUACAAGUCUUCUGAUUCUCCAUCCACAUAUCCAACUGAUGAAGAAAAGAGUGCUUUAGAUGAUAAAGACAUUGAAGAAUGGGCGGACUCUGGUUCAAUUGAGCCAUUUCCACUUUACAUCACCAGGAUAGAUUAUUCAUUGCGUGCUUUCGCUCCAAAAUCAGGCAGGGUUUUGUGGAAUGUGACAGUUUCUGAGAUUGAGGCUGCUUUGUUUUGUCAAGAUACUGAGAAUUCAUCUGGUAGGACAUACUUGAUUUCGGAAAAUAAGCUUGGUUCUGAGCUUGAAAAACAGUUCAAUAUGCCAUUGCCCUGUCAUUCAAAGGCUGUUGUCUAUCGUUUUCGUGGUCAUAACAUGUUAGAAUUGUUCUCUAGGCCUGAUAGAUUUCUGAAGGCUCCACAUGAAGAUAAAAUGCUUCCAGUGCCUGCUCAAAAUCUUCCUUCACAGCUCAGGGUUGAUGGAAUAUUAGAUUCUAAUCAUGAAAAUAAAAUGUUCCCAAUGCCUGCUCCUACACUGAUGCUUCCUUCAGAACCCAACAUUGAUAAGAAAUUUUUAGACUUUCAUCACAACAAUGACAAUGAAGUGACACUCUUUCAGCUUCCUGAAAAGAGUAAAAAGCACAUGCUUUCUGAAGGCUUUGCUGCAUGGUGGCCAUUUCUACUUAUUGUCAUUCUUAUGGUCAUAGUUAUCUACAGUAAUGCUGUGGGGGGUCGACAUGAAGCUGAGUUGAAGCAGCAGGUCAAUAAUUUGAUUGGCACAACUGUACCUUCCAGAAGGAAGAGAGCUCGGAAAUUAGGAAGAAACAAUGGUAAUGGGGAGGGGAAGGAAAAAGGUGUUUCACCCAAGGAUGAUGAACUGUGGUUGAAUCAUAACAAACUUCUUGAUAGUGCAGUGGAUGGACGUAGGAUUGGUAAGCUGUUUGUAUAUAAUACAGAAAUUGCUAAGGGAAGCAAUGGUACUGUUGUCCUCGAGGGAGUUUAUGAAGGUCGCCCAGUCGCCAUAAAACGCCUUGUGCGGGCACAUCAUGAUGUGGCCUUUAAAGAAAUUCAGAAUCUCAUUGCAUCUGACCAACAUCCAAAUAUUGUUCGAUGGUAUGGAGUGGAAUUUGAUCAAGAUUUUGUUUAUCUUUCACUGGAGCGUUGUACUUGCAACUUAAAUGACCUCAUUCAGGCAUACUCUGAUUCCUCUCAAAACUCAGUUUUAACUGAAGAUCACCGUACGAAGGCUAUGAUUGAGUAUAAAGUGCAGUUGGAUUCAGUGAAGGAUAUUACAGGGGAUAUUAAAUUGUGGAAAUCAAAUGGCUACCCUUCACCUCUCUUAUUAAAAUUAAUGAGGGAUGUGGUUUCUGGGCUCGUUCAUUUGCAUGAAUUGGGAAUCAUUCAUCGGGACUUGAAACCUCAAAAUGUGUUGAUAAGCAAGGAAAGAUCAUUAUGUGCAAAGCUUUCUGAUAUGGGUAUCAGUAAGCGCCUUCCUCAGGAUAUGUCUUCAUUUAGCCAUCAUGCUACAGGUGAUGGCAGUUCCGGUUGGCAAGCACCUGAGCAGCUUCGUCGUCGUCGGCAAACCCGUGCUGUGGACAUGUUUAGUUUGGGUUCUGUCUUGUUUUUCUGCAUCACUGGUGGUAGACAUCCAUUUGGCGACCGUGUUGAACGCGAUUACAAUAUUCUGAACAACAAAGUAGACCUCUUCUUAGUGGAGUACAUCCCAGAAGCUAUGGACCUUUUUUAUGGUCUAUUAGACCCUAACCCUAAAGUGAGGCCAAAAGCAAUGGAGGUUUUGCGCCAUCCUUUGUUUUGGAGUUCUGAGGUCCGAUUGUCCUUUCUUCGGGACACUAGCGAUCGCAUAGAAUUGGAGGAUAGGGAGGCCAGUUCUGAUAUACUGAUGGCAUUAGAAAGUAUAGCACCUGUGGCUUUGGGUGCAAAAUGGGAUGAAAAGAUGGAGGCUGCGUUCAUCACCAAUAUUGGCUAUUACAGGCGUUACAGGUUUGACAGCGUUAGAGAUUUGUUACGGGUUAUGCGGAACAAGUUGAAUCAUUAUAGAGAACUUCCCAAACAUAUUCAGGAAAUUUUAGGACCGGUGCCUGAAGGAUUUGACAGCUAUUUUACAAGUCGAUUCCCAAAAUUAUUGAUUGAGGUGUACAAAGUAGUGUACAGAUACUGCAGGGAAGAGGAAUGCUUUCAUAAGUAUUUCGAAAGCAGUGUUGUUUAACUGUCUGUUUCUUCUUUGAUUGCCCUGUAAGUUUGGACUAUGGCAGGUACAAGGCUGAAGGAUGCCACACGUCAUUGUGUACAAAUGUAAAGCUGUUGUAACCGAAACAGUUUAUUUAUAUAGUUAGAAGUUUUAUUUGAGUGCC